AUGCAGCAGCAGCAGCAGACCGUCUCCACUACAUAUAUUUCACAUGAAGCUACUACUCUACCAACAGCUCGAUUAAAAGUAGAUGGUCAAAUUAGGUUUCAUGUUGUUGUUAAACCAACUGUUCUACAAGUUCAACGUGGCCAACAAGUUGAAUUAACUUGUAUUGUUUAUGGUGGUAAUUUAAAUACAAGUAUUGUUUGGACUCAAGACAAACCUAAACGACGUUAUGCUCUAACAGACCGAGCUAGUAAAAAUGAUAAAGAAAUAACAGCUUCACAAAUAACAUUAAGAUCACGUAUUACACUUGAUGAUCCAAGUAAAAUUGGUCAAUAUACAUGCACAGCUCUAGAUGAUGCUGGGAAUGCUCAUUCAGCUGUUUUAACUAUGCAAAAAAGUGGUAGUUAUGUCCCACGACCAAAACAUCUUAGUGGAGUUUUGCGUAAACGUAUAACAAAUCAUCGUAAUGAUAUAUGUCAGCCAAAUGAAAUUUCUUGUUCAAAUCGUAUUCAAGGAAGAAAAUGUGUUGAGAAGUAUUGGAUGUGUGACGGUGAUCGUGAUUGUGACGAUGGAAGUGAUGAGGAACAACGUUAUUGUGACUUACUCCCUCAGCAUCGUUAUUAUAAAACGAGUGAAUUUCAAUGUGUUGGUGCUAAUGAUACCUAUGGAAAUCCAGUAUGUGUCCGACGAUCACUUCAAUGCGAUGGUUACAAUGAUUGUUCUGAUCAUUCGGAUGAAGUUGGUUGUGUUAAACCAACUAUUAUAUCUAUCUCACACCGUCAAAUUCGAAUCAAUACUAGAGACACAUUAAUUAUUCAAUGUACUGCUCGUGGUACACCAACACCAUAUAUUAAUUGGCGUCUCAAUUGGGGACAUAUUUGUGGUGAUGGUUCUGAUAAUGGACGAUGUACAAUGGAACAAUCUAUAGAUACACAUGAUCCGUCGCUUGUUACUGGUACACUUACAGUUCGUAGUAUAAAUGCAAAUGAUGAUGGUACCUAUUCUUGUGAAGCGCGUAAUAGUCAAGGCUUUAUUUUUGCUAUACCUGAUACUUUAAUCACUGUUACUGAAUGGGAUAACAAACCGUCAAGUUCCACAGGAUGUAAUUGUCAUGGUCAUUCAUCGUAUUGUACACCGGAUGGACGAUGUCAAAAUUGUCAACAUGAUACUGUUGGUUAUUACUGUGAAUAUUGCAAUACAGGUUAUCGAGGAGAUGCACGACUUGGAACACCACACGAUUGUCAGUUGCUUCUAGCUGUUUCUAAUCAAAGUUUGUAUUCUGAUUGA